AUGGAGAGGAGUUGGAUGGAGGUGGGGUGUGUGUCAGGGAGCUUGAUCCUCAGGUCCGCGUAGCAAGAGGAGGCUCUUCAUCGCAUGUGAUACGCUCUCAAGAGGUGAUGACUUGUCUCCCGGUGGAUCGUCUUCUUCCCAACGACAGCUUGUUCGCCGAUCAAUCGGAGAUGAUUUACUCGAUGGAUUCGCGAUCCUUUUAUCGCGAAUCCUUCAGCAAUUUUAGUAACAAUGCUCCGUGAAUCGUGUUGAUGAGAUUUUUGCCGAUGAUCUAGCAAUUCUGGUUGCUUAAUCCCUCACCGGCAAUCUGCAGGAAAGUCGCAAUAAUCAGAUAAAAAUAUGAGUUUUGGCUCUAGGAGGAUUCGAACCCACGCCGGUUGCCCCGCCUCUUCUGAGGAAGGUGACGGGUUUAGUCUCACAUCGGUUGUGCGCCGAAUUUUCGGGCGAAUAUAUAGUAAUGCUACAUUCCUAAGCAAAGUCCCUUUCUCGCACAUGUACGACCACUCCUUGCCCCACAGCCGGCUGGCCAUAGGUGACGUGGAAGGGGAGUGGCGCACACGUGCCCCCAUCGGUUCAAGCUGCUCGAGCCCCUGCUCGCGGCUACUCUCUGACUACGCUUCCGACCCGCUUGCGGUCCCGGCUGGCCGGCGGGUCCUCUCAUUUUGCAAUAUUUUUAUUUUUAUUUCUUGAUCUUCAUUUAUCUAAAAGCAAGACUAUAAAAAUCGUAUAAAAUCACAUAAUUACCCAAAAAAUCACGUUAAUCAACUAAAAACCACUUUUCACACUUUAACACAAAUAUAAGUCUAUUUAUCAUGAGUUAACGCUAAAACUAUAUUAUUUACUAAUUAUUAACUCAUGAUAAUGAAGACUUAUCACAGCCCCCAACUUAAAUCAUUGCUAGUCCCUUAGCAAUGGAAUUACGAAAAUAAAAAUUUACAAAUCUCAAACAUCAUAUUUCAAUACAAAAAAAAAUACAAUUAGAAAUGAUGCACCUUUAGACACUUUAGAUUCUUAUAUUAAAUAUUUAAGAAUGAUGUCAAGUACUUAAAUGUUUAAACACUCCUUGGAAUAACAAUCUAGACUUCACUUCUUCUAUUCACAUCUUUAUCACUUCUUCACUCAUAGAUGUAUUUACAAGAUGUUCCAAUUAUCAAUACUCAUCUAAGAAUAAUAUUGAUCCUACAUUUUCCCUUUUUCUAUGGCUUGAUUUUUGAAGUUUGCACUAUAUUUCUUCCUUUUUUUUUCUCUUUUCUUUUUUAUAUAGUGGAUAAGUAGCUUUUCUUGUAGACAAAUUUCAAAAAUAAGAAUGAUGUCUCACACCCUCCAUGUGUACUCUUUAUUUUCAGGGCUUUCACUUUAUCCACUUAUUUUGCAGCAAGUGUUUUUCUAUACACGAUUUUCGACAAUGAGAAUGAUGUCUUACACCCUCCAUGUGUAUUCUUCAUUUCUAGAUUUUUCACAUUGCUCUCUCUUUUUUUUUUCGAAAUAAGUGAUUUCUCCUCACAAGUCCUAUAGAUCAAGGUGCAAAAAUCUCCAUUAAACUCAAAUGAUCAAUCAAAUUUUCACAUCAAGUAAAUACUAUCCAUCAAGAUCAUGAAGUGAAAAUCUGUAAAAUCAAAUCCAUGUUAUCUAUCAUGUAUCCAAGGAGUAUUCCAACAUUUCAUGUUACUAGAUCAUUCUUUUGACUCAAUAAUAAUCUUCCUAGUAUCUUUUGAUAUCAAUCAAUCUAAUUGAUUUAAUUUUUGCAUGCAUGUAAUAUGAUGUAAGAAAUUUGUAAAUUAGAUAGUUCUGAAAGUUCUGUUUUCUAUUUUCAGUUCUAUUUUUAGCAACAAUAAAUUUGUCAAAAAUAAAUCAAAACUAUCCUCUUUAUAGCUGUAAUUUUGAAUUUCAGUAAUAUUGUCUAGGGGAUUGAAAUGUGAGAAAAGGGUCUCUAGAAUUUAAAAUUUUGGGCUGUUUUUUUUGUCUGCUAUUUUUGAUAGUUUGUUGUUCCUAACAAAAAACCAGAAAAUAGAUGUUACAGCUUUUUCGAAUUUUAUUUUAUUUUUAUUUUUUUAGUUGCUGUUCUAAGUUGAAUAAAAUGCAAACACAUGUUCUUAAUCGUCCUCCAGCAUAAAUUAAUAAUGAAUACUUCACCCCCCAACUUAAAAAUGACAUUGUCCUUAAUGACACAGAAAAAUCGAAACAAUAUGCAGAAAAUAUAAUUUUCAAGUGAAGCAUGCAUAUGUGCAAAGUUAAGCAUUAAAAAUAUUUUCAUAAAUGAUAAAGCUCAGAAAGACAUCACCUCAACCUCGUUCUUAAUUUUCCACUUCAUCUUACACUCCUCCUGCACUUCUUCGAAAAAACAAAUACAGAAAUAAGUACUGCGAAAUUCUAAGAAAAAUAGAACUUAAAAAACAAUCAAACAGAAUGAAAUAAAAACCAUGGGUUGCCUCCCAUGCAGCGCUGAAUUUAAUGUCUUCAGCUGGACUCCUUGAUCUUACUCUUGAAUUUCUUUUAAUAAUAAAAUUUCUUUUUCUGCAAGGCGUUCAUGCUCUAUGUAAUGUUUAAGCUACUGUCCAUUUACCUUAAAGGUAUGAUCACUUUUAGGAUCUUUAAUCAUUAUAGCCCUCAUAAGUCUUCAUUAUCAUGAGUUAAUAAUUAGUAAAUAAUAUAGUUUUAGCCUUAACUCAUGAUAAAUAGACUUAUAUUUGUGUUAAAGUGUGAAAAGUGGUUUUCAGUUGAUUAAUGUGAUUUUUUGGGUAAUUAUGUGAUUUUAUACGAUUUUUACAGUCUUACUUUUGAGAUAAAUAAAGAACAAGAAAUAAAAAUAAAAAUAUUGCAAAAUGGGGGACCCGCCGGCCAGCCGGGCCCGCAAGCGGGUCGGAAGCUCAGUCGGGGAGUGGCCGCGAGCAGGGGCUUGAGCAGCUUGGACCGAUAGGGGCACGUGUGCGCCACUCCCCUUCCACGUCAUCGGUGGCCAGCCGGCUGUGGGGCAAGGAGUGGUCGUACACGCGAGAGAAGGGACUUUGCUUACAAAGCUAACAUUACUAUAUAUUCGCCCGAAAAAUCGGCGCACAACCGAUGUGGGACUAAACCACACCUUCCUCAGAGGCAGGCAACCAGCGCGGGUUCGAAUCCUCCUAGAGUCAAAAUUCAUAUAUUUUUAUCUGAUUAUCACGACUUUCUUGCAGAUCGCCGGUGAAGGAUUAAGCAACCAAAAUCGCUGGAUCAUCGGCAAAAAUCUCGUCAACGCGAUUCGCGGAGCAUUGCUACUAAAAUUGUUGAACGAUUCGCGAUAAAAGGAUCGCAAAUCCAUCGAGUAAAUCAUCUCCGAUUGAUCAACGAACAAGCCGUCGUCGGGAAGAGGACGAUCCGCCGGGAGACGAGUCGCCACCUCCUGAGAGCGUACCAGAUGUGAUGAAGAGCCUCCUCUUGCUGCGCAGACCUGAGGAUGAAGCUCCCUGACACGCGCCCCACCUCCAUCCAGCUCCUCUCCGUUGAGUGACAGCCGCCGAAGAGCCGCAAAGUCGCUGUUUUUCCGCUCCGCCGGGUGACAGCCGCCGGAGACGACUCGACGACCUAUUUCAGUGAUCUCUAGACUUUGUGAGAAGAUCUAGAGAUUGCCCACGUCGUCUUUGUCCAAGGAGAGCCUUCGAGGCCGUGGACACCGCACAACGAUCCUCCCGAACGCUCAGGAUUCCAGUACAUCGCCGACGCAUCGUUGUCGCGAUGCCGGAACUCUGUUUUCCUGCUUUCAAACUUACUUUACGCUUCAUUUAGUGAUUAUAUUUUGUGUUUUUAAUUUACCAAAAUAUACUUUGUUUAAUUACGAUUCUUCCGGCUUUUACAAAUCUUAAUUUGAUUAAUUAAAUCAUCUAUAAUCGCUUACGAAAGAAUUACCGGGCAGAACUCUGUUUCUACCUGAUUCACGUUCGCCGGGCGCUGAUGUCAUCCUGACGUCUGCACCCUUAUUUCCUUUUUUUUCAUGAAUUUUAAAUAUAUUUCCUUUUUAUUUCCUAGUAUAAAAUUCAUAGAAAAUCGUAUUCAUUGAGAAAAAUUCUGAAUAAUUACCAGAUAUUAUAUUACAUCCAUGUGAUCGACUUGGAAAAUUACCGCUAGUUUUGGAAGUUUUAUUAAAUUAUAAUUGAUAUAUUUAUUCAGAAAUACUUCUAAAUAUCUGAAAAUUCGUAUUUUCAAGUUUUAUAAAUUUUAUAUUCGCGUGAUUUAAUAUACAACGACUGAGUCACGUCAAGCCCCAUGAUCAUAUGUCUCUUCCACCACAUAAGGCCCUUUCCAUUUUGAUUUUAAUUUUCUUGAGAAUAAUUUCAGCCUAGAAUCAUAUAACCACACUUUUUGUCCAACAUCAAAUUUUUUUCUGCUAAUGUAUUUAUCAUGAAAAGUUUUAGUUUUUUCUUUAUAUAUUCUAUGAUUUUCAUAAGCUUCAUUCCUCAACUCCUCUAGUUCACGUAGUUGAAAAAUUCUAUACCUACCAGCUGAUUUUUCAUCCAUACAUAAAUUUUUUAUAGCCCAUAAUGCUUUAUGCUCUAUUUCCACAAGAAGAUGACAUGGCUUUCCAAAAAUGAGACGAAAUGGGGACAUUGACGUGACUCAGUCGUUUUCUAUUAAAUCACGCAAAUCUAAAAUUUAUAAAACUAGAAAAUACGAAUUUUUGGAUAUUUAGAAGUAUUUAUAAAUAAAUAUAUCAAUUAUAAUUCAAUAAAAUUUCCAAAAAUAGCAGUAAUUUUCCAGGUCGAUCACAGGGAUGUAAUAUAAUAUCUGGUAAUUAUUCCGAAUUUUUCUCAAUUAAUACGAUUUUCUAUAAAUUUUAUACUAGGAAAUAAAAAGGAAAUAUAUUUAAAAUUCACGAAAAAGGGAAAUAAGGGCGCGGACGUCAGGAUGACGUCAGCGCCCGGCGAACGCGAAUCGGGCGGAAACAGAGUUCCACCCAGCGAUUCUUACGUAAGCGAUUACAGACGAUUUAAUUAAUCAAAUUAAGAUCUGUAAAAGCCGGAAGAAUCGUAAUAGAACAAAGUAUAUUUUGGUAAAUUAAAAUCACAAAGAAAUAUCACUAAAUGAAGUGUAAAGUAAGUUUAAAAGUAGGAAAACAGAGUUCUGGCGUCGCGACGGCGAUGCGUCGGCGAUGCACCAGAAUCCUGAGCGUUCGGGAGGUUCGUCGUGCAGUGUCCAUGGCCUCGAAGGCUCUCCUUGGGCAAAGACGACAUGGGCAAUCUCUAGAUCUUCUCGCGAAGUCUAGAAAUUAAUGAAAUGGGUCGCCGAGUCGUCUUCGGCGGCUGUCACCUGGCGGAGCGGAAAAACGGCGACUUUGCGGCUUUAAAAUCACAAAGAAAUAUCACUAAAUGAAGUGUAAAGUAAGUUUAAAAGUAGGAAAACAGAGUUCUGGCGUCGCGACGGCGAUGCGUCGGCGAUGCACCAGAAUCCUGAGCGUUCGGGAGGUUCGUCGUGCAGUGUCCAUGGCCUCGAAGGCUCUCCUUGGGCAAAGACGACAUGGGCAAUCUCUAGAUCUUCUCGCGAAGUCUAGAAAUUAAUGAAAUGGGUCGCUGAGUCGUCUUCGGCGGCUGUCACCUGGCGGAGCGGAAAAACGGCGACUUUGCGGCUUUAAAAUCACAAAGAAAUAUCACUAAAUGAAGUGUAAAGUAAGUUUAAAAGUAGGAAAACAGAGUUCUGGCGUCGCGACGGCGAUGCGUCGGCGAUGCACCAGAAUCCUGAGCGUUCGGGAGGUUCGUCGUGCAGUGUCCAUGGCCUCGAAGGCUCUCCUUGGGCAAAGACGACAUGGGCAAUCUCUAGAUCUUCUCGCGAAGUCUAGAAAUUAAUGAAAUGGGUCGCCGAGUCGUCUUCGGCGGCUGUCACCCGGCGGAGCGGAAAAACGGCGACUUUGCGGCUUUAAAAUCACAAAGAAAUAUCACUAAAUGAAGUGUAAAGUAAGUUUAAAAGUAGGAAAACAGAGUUCUGGCGUCGCGACGGCGAUGCGUCGGCGAUGCACCAGAAUCCUGAGCGUUCGGGAGGUUCGUCGUGCAGUGUCCAUGGCCUCGAAGGCUCUCCUUGGGCAAAGACGACAUGGGCAAUCUCUAGAUCUUCUCGCGAAGUCUUCUCGCGAAGUCUAGAAAUUAAUGAAAUGGGUCGCCGAGUCGUCUCCGGCGGCUGUCACCCGGCGGAGCGGAAAAACGGCGACUUUGCGGCUUUAAAAUCACAAAGAAAUAUCACUAAAUGAAGUGUAAAGUAAGUUUAAAAGUAGGAAAACAGAGUUCUGGCGUCACGACGGCGAUGCGUCGGCGAUGCACCAGAAUCCUGAGCGUUCGGGAGGUUCGUCGUGCAGUGUCCACGGCCUCGAAGGCUCUCCUUGGGCAAAGACGACAUGGGCAAUCUCUAGAUCUUCUCGCGAAGUCUAGAAAUUAAUGAAAUGGGUCGCCGAGUCGUCUUCGGCGGCUGUCACCCGGCGGAGCGGAAAAACGGCGACUUUGCGGCUUUAAAAUCACAAAGAAAUAUCACUAAAUGAAGUGUAAAGUAAGUUUAAAAGUAGGAAAACAGAGUUCUGGCGUCGCGACGGCGAUGCGUCGUGAAUCCUGAUUCGGGAGGUUCGUCGUUGUCCAAAGGCUCUCCUUGGGCAAAGACGACAUGGGUCUAGGCGAAGUCUAGAAAUUUGAAAUGUCAGUCGUCUUCGGCGGCUGGCGGAGCGGAAAAACGGCGACUUUGCGGCUUUAAAAUCACAAAGAAAUAUCACUAAAUGAAGUGUAAAGUAAGUUUAAAAGUAGGAAAACAGAGUUCUGGCGUCGCGACGGCGAUGCGUCGGCGAUGCACCAGAAUCCUGAGCGUUCGGGAGGUUCGUCGUGCAGUGUCCAUGGCCUCGAAGGCUCUCCUUGGGCAAAGACGACAUGGGCAAUCUCUAGAUCUUCUCGCGAAGUCUAGAAAUUAAUGAAAUGGGUCGCCGAGUCGUCUCCGGCGGCUGUCACCCGGCGGAGCGGAAAAACGGCGACUUUGCGGCUUUAA